ACCAUAAAAAUCCAGGGUUGCGGCCAUGCAUGACUGCUGCUAUACCGAUGUUGCUUGUUUUGCUUUACUCCAUGCUUUACAAUUCGUUCAGCCAUGCUGAGUACCCCUUCGUCUGAGUUAUUCAUUUCCCGUAAAUAUGAGUGGAUAUAAUUAUGUGAAUGGAAGGUCAAUCGUAUACGCUUGUUCCCGUAUGCCGUCAAUGUGAUUUUACAUGGGACAUUUGCCUACUGAUGAGGAUUCGUUCUUGCCCACGCUUCUGGAAACAAACCUUUUGCUUUAGAUCAUGGAAAAGACAAAAAUGAAGUAUACGCUGAGUGAUCCAGACUACUACACAGAGAUGUACCAGGUCUAUGCAAAGAAAAGCAACAAGUUUUCACAUUUGCUCGAAUGGACAGAGAACACAUUUCCUAAAAUGGUGUUGCAGAAAUUGAGAGAGAGCUUCUCAGCAGAAACACAGAUUAAGGUGCUUGGAAUCGGAACCGGAUCGGGAGAGAUUGAUCGCAAAAUGGCGGGAAUCAUCAAUGGCCAUUUCAAGUCUGUUCGGAAUGUAGUGGUGGAGCCAGCGGAAAAACAGCUAGCUAUCUAUCGCUCUGUUCUAGAGAGCGACAUGUCCAAAUUCAAAGGCAUUGAUUUUGACCUCCGUCAGAUGGUCUUUGACGAGUAUCGUGAGCACGAGGGCGAGCAUCCACCCAAAUACCACUUCAUCAACGCUAUGCAAUCCAUUUACUACAUCGAUGACGUUAACGAUACCUUACGAUAUCUCUAUGCCUCCUUGGAGGAGGGCGGAGUUAUGUUAAUAACCACUCUCUCGGAUUCAUGCGGUUUCCAGCUGGUGUGGAACCGCUUUCCCCAAGUACAGGAAGUGGCCGGACCAUACCCAGGCAGUAACGAUAUCCGACAGAGCCUGUUGGAUCUCAAUAUCAAGUUCGAAGAAAAUCACCAGAGAUUAUACGGGGACAUAACAAGCUGUUUCCAGGAAGGGUCAAAGGAAGGGAAGCUCAUCGUCGAUUUCUUCAGUCAAAUCAUUGAUCUCCGUGGUACGUCGCCCGAGCUCUAUCAGGAGGUUGUCGAUUAUAUGGGUUCGGAGCAGUGCUCGGAGAAAAAGGAAGACGGGACAAUUCUCAUUAACAGCGACUGGGACGCGUUCGUGGUGUACAAACCACUCUCCAUCUAAAUAAAUACUCUAAAUAAAUGGCAUCCAGACAGUAUUGAUACAAGCACAAAAUGAGGGACGAGAAGUUAGACCGAAAUCAUCAAAGAAUAAUAGAGUAAUUCUUAAAAAAUGUUGUAUUUGUAAACUCGUACAUGUCGUAUGCAAGCAGCUACUGCUACUCCGUGUAUCAUUAUAUUUUCUUUUUAUAUUUUACACAGAUUGUAACGAACUAUAUAUCUGCUUUACUGUCAUUGAGAGCUUAUUAGGGUCUGUAAAUAUAGACUAUGUGGAAAAGUGUCGGGGUUCUGUGAAUUAAUGAAAAUUAACAAAAUCGCAUAUUUUAUGAACAUGUUAGAGUUGUCAUUGUUUCUUUUGAUUAACUGCAACAAAAAAGUUGUCUAAGAGCAUAGCAUAACCCAGUCGUUGUAUUUGAGAAAGCAGGCAGAUUAGCAAAUUCAAUAAAGUUAUUGUAGCUAUC